GCCGGGACAAUUCGUGCGAAGAUGUUAAAGCGGGCUCUACCACUGUUAAGGACUCUAGUUCUAUUGGCACGCUAAAAGCGGAAUUGCGCAGCUAUUAGUUCUGUGUAAAAGGGAUUUAAGACUAAGAGAGUGUCACAUUGGCGAAUACAAGCCUUCCAGAUCACAAUACUGGAUCCAGUCUUGGUGUUGCGUUGUAACAACUUUUGAAUUGAAUCUCAUACAUCUGAUCGUCGCUAUGUUGUUAUAGUUUGUCUAAAUAUGUUAGCCAUUUUCGAAAGACAAACGUACGACAAUCAACUGAUUUUUUUCAAACGAUUACUUUAUUUUGCUCGUCUGUUUAUGAUUCUCAAUAAAUACUCUAUAAAUCAUUGUUUUAGAAAAAUAAACUGGAAAACACGCUUUCCGCUUUCGCAUUGCAAUUGUCAAAAACGUCAUAGCACAAUGCACUCUAUCGGGAAGUGUUUCGAUUUUAUAAAAAACCUACGCAAAAUCUAUUGAAAAAGUGCCUUAGUUAUGAUACCGUAUCAUUUUCAAAUUUACGCGAGUGUGUCGUUCUUUUUCCUUUGUAAAAUUAUUUGUUACCUUUCAAGCUUCAUAUCAAUGUUGGAUAAGAAACGUCCGACAUUGAUGAGUGACUCCGGAAAGGAAGAGACCGACGAAGAUGUGUGCAAAUGGAUACCAAAGAAAAAACACGAGGUCCUGAAGGCCAAGUACAAAUGUCUCAAGAAGCUGUUCCAAAUCUAUGAUGCGAGUGUCAUCGGCAUUCUGCCUGAGCCGUACGGCGGGGAGAGGCGCGAGGAGCGGCGGCACUCGCGGCGGCGGCGCUCGCACCGGACCAAGACGGAUGCGUGCGCCGGCACAGCGGAUCCUGCAGCGCCGCCCUCGCCCCUCCUAGCGCCCGCCGAGCGCAGCUCCCUUACCACGGCCGUCGUCCGCGACCUCAAGCUGCAAUACACCUCUACCUCUACACAAGAGUCCCUCGUACGCCGCGACAAGUACACGCAGGACUGCAAAGACCUCCUCUCCGUCACCACCAGCGAAAAGGAAUGCGAAUGCACUCAGACUUCGGAAAUCCUGCACGCGACUCCGUUCAUGAUGUUGAAAGACUCGCAACCUAAGCCGACGCGUUUUCAGCUGUUCCUCCAACGAAUACUUGGCAUAAGACGAGAGAAGUCCAACAACGGCCUGCCCUCCCCCCACAUGUACGCGGCGAGCGACAACAACAUCAGCAAUCGAUACGAGAAGCGCCGUCGACGCGGGAUGCGAUUUCGUCGGCUUCGGGGUGCAAAGAAAGUGUACUCGGAGUCCGCGCUGAGGGAGCGGCAGAGCCCCGUCAUACUGAGCUACGUACAGUCCGUGCAGAGGAACUGCUUGAUGGACACUACGCCGAGGCAAUGCCCUUUCAUGGGGUGCAGGAUGAUUUUUUACGGUAUUAUUAACUACAACGAUCACAUAAACCUGUGCCACUUCACUGAUCGCAAGUUCUCCUGUCACUACUGCCACGAGGGAUUUCUGAGAGAGCGCGACAAAUUGUUACAUGAAAAUGAACAUAUUGGCAUAUCUAAACUGAGCACUAAUCUAACAUCUACAAUAUCUGGACAUCACUCGAAAGUGGCCAACGUGACACAAACCGAUCCCGAACCGAAGCAGAUUAACGAAGAGAAGUUAAAGAAGAUUGUCUCAUUCUUUGACAAGAUUGAGGAUCCGGAGGAAAUCAUUGCCGAACUGAAAAAGAGUCGUCACUCCACGUCGAAUGUUAACCUCACUCGCCACUCCUCUAAAGUGGACACCGUGGCAUCUGGGGCCAGCAAGUCCACCUCCAACUCGCGAAGGUCGAGCUGUGUUCACCUGCAGAAGGCAGAUAGGAAGUCCAGCUCGUCCGUCGAGUCGGACACGUCGUCAGUGCACACUUCAGGGUCGUCACUCAGAUGUCAAAUUUGUGGACUAAAGUUUGAUCACAUACAGCGUUUAAAUAUGCACGUGUGCGCCGAGCAUCGAAGUGGUAGCAGAUGCUCUGGGCAGAGCCGGGGCGAGCGGCCGGCAAGCCCGCUCAGCCCGCCCGGCGCGCCGAGCCCACCACUCUACCACGACAAUUCGGACGACGAGGAGCCCGUCUCCGUGCUCGCUAACAAGAGUUACUCGACUUUACAUCGCGUCAACACAUCGUCUACUUUCACUCGCUUCACCUCUGAAGAGAAGUCGGCUAUGAGCUACGAUCCCUCCACCAAUAUUAUUUAUUAUUCAUCAUCAGAGUCAGUGAAGAAUCCGUCGGUGAUUGGUGAGACGGUGAAGCGAGGCCGCGCCGGCUUCAACAGUUACAAGUGGGAACCCGGAACCAAUUCUAUUCAUGCCUGAUUGUUUUGUCUAUUGACGUAUUAUUUUCUUUUGGUUUAAAUAUAAAUGAAAAAUCCA